UCCUCGCUGAGUGCAGAGAGUUGAACCUGGCUGCAUAUGUUUAAAAGAAACUGGUUUAUUUUUUUGUGGAAAACCUCCGCGCGAAUUAAAGUUGUGGUCUUUGGUGUGAAGACAUGAAUGUACCGCUUAUACUUCGAGCCAAGUGACCUGUUUUAGGUUCAAACUCUUCUGAGUGUCUUGCAUGGAGAACAUUGUGGUUUACAUUCCCAAGGAAGCAUGUGUCAAAAACAUGCCUCUGCAGUCUCUGUCCAGCUCCACAGCCAGGAAGAUCAGUGUCGCUCUGUUUCCGCAUGGAUCAGAGAAACAGAUGCCUCAGACAGUGACGUGGAUCUGUCCGGUUGAGCUGCGGGAAAAAGAAGUGGCUGUGGGCAAGGACAGCAGAGAACCGGUCCCACUGAGCCAGAGGCCACUGGUCUCCAAAAUAACUCCAGGCCAGUUUUCACUGCCUGUCGUGAGUUCCAGCAUCACUGCCUUUAAGGUCUUAAGAACAAUUUUAAAAGCACAUAAGCCUAAAAUACAAUUUUCAGGGCUGGAAAAUGAUGCUGCCUCUCUACCCAGCAUCAGGGAAUCUGUUCGGCAAAAUGCUAUUAUUGUAUAUAAUGGCCAGAUCUUCCUCUCAGUGAGGAAGUCACAUUGCAGGCGAGUGAGAUUACAAAACUCUCCCUCAGCAUCUUCAGGUGUGUGUCCUGUUUCUCCAAGUAAACAGAACCAAAUAAAUACACCUAGCUGUCAGGCACAACUGCUCCUGGACACUUCACCCAGACCACAACAGAGCAAGAGACAGGAUGUUCAGACUCCAGUCAGAGAUCUUGACAUUAACAUACAGAUUUCACCACUUCAGCACAAAGUCCCUGAGGAAAUGCCUGAGAAAUGCUGUACAGACACAGAGUGUCAAAAGGAAGAUGAGUCCAGGUCACUGAGUAGCCCACCCAAACCUCCUGAGGAUCUGGAGUCUGGUCAGGAGAUGUCUAGUUCCCAGCCCAAUCUCCUCCAGCAGCCACAGAUCAUCCACACGUCUUCUAUCGUCUCAGAACAGCCUGAAGCAGCAGCAGAAAGAGAAAGAGAGACGCAUGAGGAUGACAAUGAGCGUUUAGAGGGCGCUUUGCUCCCCAGGGCUGAGAGCUGUCUUGCAUUUGAUUUUGAACAGUUGGCCCAUGAGGAGAGAAUCAACCACCUACGAGCUCGGCUGAGACAGAAGGAAGCCGCGCUCAGCAACUUUAACGCAAAGCCGACGGAUCAGAUUUAGAGGAUCAGACUGCGCCAAAGAUGUCUGUUCAGGAGGUAUACAAGUUCCUAAUGCAUCAUUUUAUGUGAACAGCAGAAGAAUGUUUUAAAGCUUAAAGGAAGAGUUUACCCAAAAAUUAUUUAUCAUUUACUCACCCUUAAGUUGUUCCAAAUCUGUAUCAACUUCUUUCUUCUGCUGAUCACAAAAGAAGAUUAUUUUGAAGAAUGUGGGUAGUUGCUGGUCCCUGUUGACCUUUAUAGUAUACGAGCCACUGUGUGGUUACCCACAUUCUUCAAAAUAUCUUCUUUUGUGUUUAUCAGACAAGAAAGAAAUUCAUGCAGGUUUUGGACAUCUUGAGGGUGAGUAAAUAAUGACAGAUUUUUAAAUUUUUAGGUGAACUAUCGCUUUAAGAGGAGUAGGUUAGUUAAUUCAAUUGUUUAUUAUUUAAUAGCACAAAUAUUGUCAUUUAAAUAAAAUAUUUAUGUCAAAAAAGAUGAAAAGAUGUGUUUGUGCAAUAAAUACAGUGAAUAAUUUGUGAACAGCAAUGUUUGGUUUUGCACAGUUACCACAAAAUCUGUUCGGAUUUGAUUUUAGCUUCUAAAAGUGAAAUUAUUAUACAUUAAUCCUCAGUUCAAAUAAAAGGUUUUAUUUCAUACUGAGCAUUAGUCAUUUCAUUACGUAAACCAAUUGCUGUACAUCGUACCUCCAGUUAAUAAUGUACCCACACGUCUGACUGUUAACAUAACGUUUUGUCUUUAUUUUAUCUGUAAGUGUUCUCUCUCUGAUUGGCUCUGAAUGCGUUCCUGCAUCUAUCUUUGUUUCAUUUAUCAUUUCAGCUGAAGCCUACACACUCCAAAAUCACUUAACCGGCUUCUUGCUGAGAUAUACUUGUGAUAACUUCUUUCUCCAUUGUCGUCACUCUUAAGAUGGAUUUCAAUGUCAUGUUGCAGAAAAUCUUGAAACCGACGUUAUAUAAGAUAAUGAUGACAAUUCAAAGCUUUAUAUGCUUGCACAUAAUGAAGGGUUUCUAAAGUAACGAUAUGUGUCAGAUAAAUUCAUCCCUUUUACAUUUCUGAGCUAUAAAUGAUAGACAUUAGGGUGUCAGUUUUUGUUUAUUGUUUAUUAAUCAGAUUUCUUUUGUAGUUUCAUGCAUCUCCAGUAAAACACAAGCUUUGUGAUUAGGAGUUGUCAGUGUGUACAGGAAGGGUAGGAUGUGUCCGUGUGUGUGUGUGUGUGUGCCGUUGGCCCAUCCCCUCCUGGUCCUCCUAUAAGAGCACACCGGAGUAAGAACGUCAGUAGCUCUUUAGAGACACCAAACCUUGAAAAAAAGACAUGCCAUCAGACGGAAUGCCUACCUGUCAUGCCAGAUGCCUUCAGAUGCUUAGAGAAUUCCUGAAGGUGCCCAGCUGGCGAAGUGUGUGUGUCCUCUAUUCCCUGUACUGCGUCCUGAUCCUGCCAGACGCCGGCGAGGCUGCCAAAGCGCGCUGUGGGCGAGAACUAGUUGCUGACCUGGAGUUUGUGUGUGGAGACCGUGGC